AUGGAAGAUGAGCGCCACCGCCGCCCUCGCGUCCCGGCUCGUCUCGUCGCUGCGCGCGCUCCCCCUCCCCUUCCUCCUCCGCCGCGCCCCUCUCCCCUUCCGCAAGCCCCCCCCGNCGGCGGCGCCGCUGCGCUCCGGCGGAGGCGGCCGUGGCAGCCGCGGCGCAUCCUCGACCCCGGCGGCGACGCCGUGCUCAAGUGGAACCGCGUGUUCCUCGUCUCGUGCCUCGUCGCGCUCUUCGUCGACCCCCUCUACUUCUACCUCCUCUACAUCGGCGGCCCCGCGUGCGUGCGCAUCGACGUGGGGCUGGGCAUCGCCGUCACCUUCUUCCGCACGGUCGCCGACCUCUUCUACCUCGCCCACAUGCUGCUCAAGUUCCGGAUCGCCUUCGUCGCGCCGAGCUCGCGGGUGUUCGGAAGAGGGGAGCUCGUCAAGGACCCGCACCAGAUCGCCAUGCGCUACCUCAAGGGCGAUUUCGUCAUCGACCUCGUCGCCAUGCUCCCCAUUCCUCAGAUAAUCAUAUGGUUUGUGAUACCAGCAUUAAGCAGCUCUUCGGCGAAUCACACAAACAACACACUGUCCCUAAUUGUCUUGAUGCAGUACAUCCCUAGACUUUUUCUCAUAUUUCCUUUAAAUGCAAGGAUUGUCAAGGCAACGGGAGUAGUUACAAAGACCGCAUGGGCGGGAGCUGCGUACAAUCUUCUCCUUUAUAUGCUGGCCAGUCACGUUCUUGGAGCUUUAUGGUAUCUUUUAUCCAUCGAGCGGCAGUACACCUGCUGGGUAACAGAGUGUAGCAAGGAAAAUGGAACCAUGGGUUUACCGUUAUGCAACCCUAGCUUUUUGGAUUGUAGUAGCUUGGAGCUACCUGAAAGAAAAGCCUGGCUUAAUUCCAGUCUCGUGCGCGCUAGUUGUGAUGCCACUAGUAGUUCCGUCACAUUCAACUUUGGCAUGUUUGCUGAUGCUUUGAAUAAUGAGAUUGUUGCGGCAACCUUCUUGGAGAAGUAUUUGUAUUGUCUUUGGUGGGGUCUACGGAAUCUAAGUUCGUAUGCACAAAACUUGGAGACCAGCACAUAUAUAGGAGAAACAUCAUUUGCCAUCCUCAUAAGUAUCAUAGGUCUCGUUCUCUUCUCUCAUCUCAUUGGAAACAUGCAGACCUACUUGCAAUCAAUCACGGUUAGACGCGAAGAAUGGAGAGUCAAGCGGCGGGACAUCGAGGAGUGGAUGAGGCACCGUCAGCUCCCUCCGGACCUUCAAGAACGCGUCCAGCGAUUCGUCCAGUACAAGUGGCUCGCCACCCGAGGCGUCGACGAGGAAGCCAUCCUCCGAUCCCUGCCGUUGGAUCUCCGCCGCGAGAUCCAACGCCAUCUAUGCCUUGCCCUCGUUCGACGUGUCCCAUUCUUCUCACAGAUGGACGCCCAGCUCCUGGACGCCAUCUGCGAGCGUCUCGUGUCGUCUCUGAGCACCAAGGACACGUACAUUGUGCGCGAGGGCGAUCCAGUCAACGAGAUGCUUUUCGUGAUCCGCGGGCAGCUAGAGAGCUCCACCACCAACGGCGGACGCACGGGCUUCUUCAACUCCAUCACUCUCCGCCCUGGCGACUUCUGCGGCGAGGAGCUCCUCACGUGGGCCCUCAUGCCGAACCCCAGCGCCAAUUUCCCUUCGUCGACGCGUACAGUGCGCGCAUUGAGCGAGGUCGAGGCCUUCGCUCUCCGUGCCGAGGACCUCAAGUUCGUCGCCAACCAGUUCAAGCGCCUACAUUCCAAGAAGCUCCAGCAUGCCUUCAGGUUCUACUCGCACCAAUGGAGGACGUGGGGCGCCUGCUUCAUCCAGGCGGCGUGGCGGCGGUACAAGAAGCGGAAGCUGGCGCGGGAGCUGGCGGAACAGGAGAGCCACUACUACGUGCAGGCCGCAGACGACCGAGCAGUAAGCCACCGAGGCAGCUGCAGCGGAGAGCACGACGGCGCGCCUCUCCUCGCAGAUUACGCCAACGACGACGGAUCGAGAAGCAGCGACGAUGGGUCGGGCGGCGAAGAAGGCGGCGAGAAUGGGUCGACCAGCCACCAGUCGCAUCUCGGCGCGACGAUCCUCGCGUCCAAGUUUGCGAAGAACAAGAAGAAGGGCGGCGGCGGCGGCGGCGGCGGCGGAGGGCGGGCCGCAGUCCCAGGCUCGAGCAUGAAGAUGCCGAAGCUGGUGAAGCCCGACGAGCCGGAUUUCUCCAUGAACAAUGAGGAGGAUAACUUGUGAUGAAUUGUUUUUGUUUAGAAUCCGGAAAAUAACAACAACAACAACAACAUGGAAAGGUUGUAACCAGGAUGGAGAAAGGGAAUGGUGUUUAGGGAAUGUUUUGGUGUAUUUGUAUAUUUAGAUUAAAAAUCUAGUGACAAUUUCAAACUUUGUCC